UAUAAACAAUCAUGAUGGACCUCGAAGAUUUCUCUGUACCUCCACCACCACCUCCAAUUUCAGCUUCCCCUUUGUCAGGUACAGGUAUAGCAAACUUACCAAACCAAAGACACAAGAUUGUUGCUAAAAAUGGUGCAAACUUUACCAUCAUGGUUUGUGGUGAAUCUGGAGUAGGCAAGACAACGUUUGUCAAUACGUUGUUUACGACAACGAUCAAGGAACCAAAAAACCUGAGCAAGAGACAUGCCAAGUCUCCUCCUUCCAAGACUGUACAAAUCCAAAUUACAAGAGCUGAAUUGGAAGAAAAGAUGUUCAAGGUCAAAUUGACCAUUAUUGAUACACCCGGCUUUGGAGACUAUGUCAAUAAUCGCCAUAGUUGGAUUCCAAUUGUUGAUUUUAUUGAUGAUCAACAUGAAAAAUAUAUGCGACAAGAACAACAGCCUUGUAGAAAGGGGAUCAUUGAUAUGCGCGUCCAUGCUUGCUUAUAUUUCAUAAAGCCUACAGGACAUACUUUGAAUCCAUUGGAUAUUGAGGUCAUGAAAAGACUAGGUUCUCGUGUUAACUUGAUUCCUGUUAUUGCCAAAGCAGAUACAUUAACACCCUCAAAUCUGGAAAAGUUCAAGCAGAAUGUUCGUGAGGUGAUUGCUGCUCAAAAUAUUCAAGUGUAUACUUGUCCUAUUGAAAGUGAUGAUGAACAAGUGACAAAGAGAAACCGUAAUAUUAUGGCAGCAUUACCUUUUGCCGUCAUUGGUUCUACUCAAGAUGUUGUUACUUUUGAUGGUCGUAAAGUUAAGGGGCGUGAAUAUGCAUGGGGUGUAGCAGAAGUAGAGAAUGAUGCUCAUUGCGACUUUAAGAAGCUGAGAAGUUUGUUGAUCCGUACUCAUAUGUUGGACUUGAUCACAACCACAGAAGAGGUACACUAUGAGAAUUACCGUCAAGCUCAGAUGGAAACAAGAAAGUUUGGUGAACCUCGUUCUCAGCCAAAUGAAAAUGCAAAGUUUAAAGAGGAAGAAGAAGCCUUGCGUAAGAGAUUCACAGAACAAGUCAAGGCCGAGGAAAAUCGAUUCAGACAAUGGGAGAGACAGCUUUUGAAUGAAAGAGACCGUCUUCAUAAAGAAUUGGAGACACAAGGUGAAAAGGUCAAAGAAUUGCAAAAUGAAUUAGAGGCUUACUAUUAUCAUCAACGAGAUAAAUCGAUCAGAAAGUAACCAAAAUUUUUAUUUUUAUAGUCACUAAUAAAUA